AUGCCAGCCACACCUGCUCGCGAGGACCCGCUCGUUCUCUCCCCAAUAUCAGGGCAGCACACUGCUACGGUCAUCAUCAUUCACGGAUUCGGUGACUCGGGCCAUGGCUGGUCCUCGGCUGUCGAGCAUAUUCGCCGUCGGCAUGACCGCCUGGACGACGUCAAAUUCAUUCUUCCUCACGCGCCAAAUAUCCCUCUAAGCAUGGCAAGCGCACGCGGGUGGCAUCCGGAUGAGGUCCUGACAAGUUCGCCUGGUCGUCUUAGUUCGUUGUCCGCCUGCCAGGGCGAAGAUGUCUCUGGCGUUUUGGAAACACAGUCCUAUAUGCACUCUCUUAUCCAGACUGAAAUAGAAGCCGGAAUUCCACCGGAGAGAAUCAUCCUUGGGGGGUUUUCUCAAGGAGGAGCGAUAAGUAUUUUCUCCGGCCUCACCGCACCCAUCAAGCUUGGCGGUAUCGUUGCGCUUUCAUGUUGGGUGCUACUUCAUAAGGAGUUCAAAGACUACAUUCCAGACGAAGAUUUGAACAAAGACACGCCCAUCUUCGUGGGGCACGGGGAUCAAGAUUGGCGACUAGAGUAUCAAGUGGCUGUUGACAGUGUCGAACUGCUUGGGGGGGCUGGCUACAACGUCACCUUCCACAGAUACAGGCGAGUUUUUCGUUCCACCGGUGUAUCUAUGCCCUUCUAA